UUGUCACUAGCUGUUUAUUUAACAAUUAUAAAUUUAAUUAAUGAUAUGAUCAGAACGUAAGCAGUAUUUUUUCGAAUUAAUCUUAGAUAGUAAUAGGUAAAUAUUUGUUAUUGCUUUCAAUCUGAUUGAUUGCUCUAUAAUUGCGUUCCAAAGCGCAAAAUUUGAAUUUGACGCGCAAAAAAACUGUCAAAAAAUGAGGUUAUGUUUACAUGUUUUUUGAAUAGCUCAGUUUCAUUUAAUAAUAAUGCCCAAAAUAAAGCUUGACCACGUUGUUAGCUUCAGCAGCGAAGAUUCUGUACACGUCGCAAAUAACGUUUUAAACAGCGAUCCCGCUAAAAAGUGGAAAUGUAAAGAUACCGGCGAAAGAUCGGCCACAAUUGUCCUCCAAUUCGAAAAAGCCUCCGUAAUAUCAGCAGUUGACAUAGGAAAUGAAAAUUCUGCAUAUAUUGAAGUACUAGCUUCAAGAUCAGGGACCACAGAUGAUUUCAAAGUUUUAUUAGUAAUGUCUUCUUUCAUGACCCCUUUAGAGGCGCGCCAAGGGUCUAAUCCCAAUAAAGUGCGAAUGUUUACACAAGAUCAUUUGUCUAAACCAGAGUGUGAACAAAAGUGGGACAGAGUCAAAAUAGUUUGCACUCAACCUUUCAACAGACAUGUUCAAUAUGGAUUGUCUUUUAUCACUUUUCAUACUCCUGGAGACAAGGCAAAUGGGACUCCAGUUCAGACAACCAUAGGAAAAUUCGCACUAAGGCCUGACUCGCCCGAUAAUUUAACAUCAGGAAGUUUAUUUGCUAGAAGACAGGAAUUUCAAAAAGAGCCCCUUUCUGCAGCAGCGGCAAUUAGAGAAGCUUCCUCAUCACCAAUAACAAAACCAAAGUUAAAGAUAAACAACACAUCACAAAGUAAUAACAAUACAGAUAAUAAACCUGUACCUAGAAAUAGAAACGAAAUUCUCUACAGUAAGGAUGAGGAAGAACCACAUGAAAAAAUUGAUAAAAUCAUUGAAAAGAAACAAAAUGAAAAGAAAGUGAAAGAAGAGACAACAACUAAAAAAAAUUUCUCUCCUAGACCCAGAGUUUCAGGAGAGACAAGCAAAAGAAAACACGAAUCUGCCAAAAAAGAGAGUCCUAAGAAAAAAAUUAAAAUAGAAAAACAGAGAAAACCCUUUGCAGAAUUAUUGAGAGGUAUUACAUUGGUUAUUAGUGGGAUCCAAAAUCCUGACAGAGGAAAUUUAAGAGCGAUGGCGUUGGAAAUGGGGGCAAAAUAUAAACCCGACUGGGACAACUCUUGCACACAUUUAAUAUGUGCCUUCACAAAUACCCCCAAAUUCAAUCAAGUUAAAGGCAAGGGUAAAAUCGUUAAAAGAAAUUGGAUUGAAGAAUGUCACUCUCAAAGAAAGCGUCUGCCUUGGCGGCGAUUUUGUUUGGAUAAAAAUGAUGCAAAACAACCAGAAAGUGAGGACGAAAUAUGGGAGGAAGUCGAACAAAAAAUCGAGGAUGAUAGUACUGAUGAUGAGGGGUUUGAUGACACAAAAAUGCAAAAAAGAAUAAAAGAAAUUCAAGCAAAACAAAAAGAAAAAUCUCGGGAGAAGGAGAAUAAUUUAUUUUCGCAAGAUACAGAUGAAGAAAAAAUCGAGUCAAAGCAGGACGAUGAGAUGAUAAAGAAAUUACCUGGGUUUUUAGACUUUAAGACAUUUUUCAUUGAUGAAUGUCUUGAUAAAGAUGUUGUAAAGACUUUAGAAAGAUAUAUAAUAGCGUACAAUGGAAUUGUUGCUGAAAACCCAUCAGAGGACGUUGAUUAUUUUAUAACAUCUGAAAAUAACGCUAAAAAUUUAAAAUCCUAUAAUUCCAGAGCUAUAUGUUUGAGACCCGACUGGUUAUGGGACUGUCAUAAUAACCAAAAAUUAGUUUCCACCGUUGAUUAUGUAUUAUAAUGAGGUAAGCAGCCUAUUUAUUUUUCUAAAUAAAUGAAGAAAAUUUAAUACUCUAAGUAAAACGCUAGACCCGCCUGAAUCCAUUUAUCCUUGUCUCUGCCAUCGCAUAAAACUUGCAACG